ACGUGGGGCUAUUGGCUGAGGAUAGUGGCAGUAACCGCCUUAACCGUCAUUACCGACACAGAGAAACAUAAAACGAAGAUAACAAGAGUACAGAAUCAAUAAGAAAGUUUUCAGAUAGAAUAUUUAGACCAAAGUGAAUAGCGAGUCCUCCAAGAGACAAAAAGGGAAUGCGUCUGGGUUUUCAGAGAGCGCAAAUUGGGGAAAAUGGAAGGAAAGCGAGUAGAGAUGAGUCAGAUAAGGAAAGGGCCAUGGAAGGCAGAGGAAGAUGAAGUGCUGAUCAGCCAUGUCAAGAAAUAUGGCCCUCGAGACUGGAGCUCCAUUCGAUCCAAAGGUCUUUUGCAAAGAACUGGCAAGUCGUGCCGUCUCCGUUGGGUCAACAAACUUAGACCCAAUUUGAAGAAUGGGUGCAAGUUUACGGCAGAGGAAGAGAGGGUGGUGAUAGAGUUGCAGUCACAGUUUGGGAACAAAUGGGCAAAAAUUGCUACGUAUUUGCCUGGAAGGACUGACAAUGACGUGAAGAAUUUUUGGAGCAGCAGGCAGAAGAGACUGGCUAGGAUUUUGCAGAAUUCAGGAACACCCUCCUCCUACUCCAAAUCACCCAAAAUCAAAAAGGAAGUUCCUGUCUUUCAUAAUGUUCCUGCUUUGGAGGCUCCAAAGUUCAGCUCGUCAAUGGAGGAAGCAUCAUACUCCAAGGGUCAAUCUUGCUCAUCAUCCUACAUUGACAACUCGGAGACAACCAAACUGGAGCAACUUCCAGAUCUUGUGAAUCCUAAGUUGUAUAAUAUUGAUGCAAACGGUGCGCAGCUUGAGCUUAUGUCGAGAGGGCAGAACCCAUAUGCUGAGGCCCAACCACAAUUUUUCUUCCCUCAGAUCCCACAGCCCCAACCAUACCUCACAUUAUCUCUGGAAAGCCAAGACCUUUUGGCUAAAUUUGAGGACCCUUACUUUUCACAAGUGUUUGCACCGAUGGAUGUUCCUGAACUAGGGAGUGGACAUGUUGGGCAGCCAUUUCUUGAACCAGUGAGAUGUAGCGGAUUUGGUGCAAGGGAAGAAACUGACAACCCCGUCACUCCAGAUACCUUCUUUGAUGACUUCCCUGCUGACAUGUUUGAUCAUAUGGAGCCUCUUCCAAGCCCAUCAGAGUAAUUCAGGGACAAGAAGGUUGCUUGAGUGUUAACUUUUAACUAGUUUUUCCAAUGUUGACUUACCCCUUGUAUUUUAUUCCUGUUUCUAGGUGUAGGAUGUUUUUCUUUUUCUUAAGGGAUGAAUACUGUUACUGUAAAGACUCUUUUGAGCAACAAAUAGAUGCUUCCCACUUCUUAU